UCGCAGUUGCCUACUUAAACGACUAACGCAAUAAACCUGUGUUCAUUCCUGUCUCGCGCUUGUUACUUCAGUGGCGACGAGGUGAUUAACCCCCACGGCCAGGGAACAGCAUGGCGACGCAUGCCGGGCCACCUAAUUUUGACGAAGGGGACGACAAGUGGGAGGCAUAUCAGGUGCGAUUAGAAGCUUUCUUUGAAGCCCACGAUAUUGACGAUCCGAAGAAGCGUCGGGCCCUACUGGUUAGCGCCCUGAGUACCAAGACGGUAGACCUUCUGGCAGGCUGCUGUGCGCCUGACAAGAUUCAGAAUCUGUCGUACGAAGCAGCAGUUGAAAAAUUGGCUGAAUACUUUGCGCCGAAAGGCAACGAGAUAGCGGAGUCUUAUCGCUUUUUCACCAGAAAUCAGCAAGCUGACGAGUCGACGAGCGAUUUUAUUGUCGAGUUACGGAAGAUGGCGCAAAGGUGCAAUUUUGGCGAGGCGCUUGAUAGAAUGCUGCGUGACAGGCUUGUCUGUGGUCUGCGGGAUGCUGGCGUUCGUCGCAAUCUGCUAGCAAGGUCCACGCUCACACGGCAGGAAGCAGAGGAUGCGGCAUUAGCGGCUGAGAUGGCGGCACGCAACGUACAGCAGAUGGGAGAUGGACCAAUCACCAACGGCGUUAAUGCAGUAGGAACAAAGCAAGAGCGACAGAAGUUCUCCAGAAUGCCGCAGCCAAGGCGGAUGACACAAUCCAGCAACGAGAACCAGACCGGCUGCCUUUGCUGCGGAAGCGACUCGCACAAGACCACCAAAUGCAGGUUCCGCCGCGCUGAGUGUUUUUGUUGUCGGAAGAGGGGACACCUGGCUUCAAUGUGCAAAUCCAAGCCACGCCAAGAAAACGUAGCUCACUGUGAGGAAGCAUCUUCGGACAGCGAGGACUACGGACAGUUCCUGCUACACCUCCGUGAGCCGUCGACGGGAUCGGUCGGGCCGUUAUGGCGAACGUUGCUGUGGAAAGGGGUGCCCGUGAAGAUGCAAGUGGACACAGGAUCACCAGUAUCAAUCGUUACAUGGCCAACCUAUACCCAGCACCGUCGCCGUUGGCCCGGGCUCGUCAAGUCAUCGUUAGAGUUGAGUUGCUUCCUCGGGAGACUACCAGUGAAGGGACAACUGCAAGUUGCGGUCACCUACGGUGGGAAAACCGUCAACGCGACGCUAGUGGUGCUCGGCUGCUCAGGCCCAAACCUGUGUGGGCGGGACAUAAUUCAAGCAUUCCAGCUGACCGGAGGGCCAGUGCUCAACGUUGACGUCAACGACGGUGCACCUCCCCGCAGACAUUCGGCUGGAGAACCCGUAUGGUGUAAGAAUUAUGGUGCAGGUGACAGCUGGAGACCAGCAGUGGUGCAGACUACAAGGGGCGCCCGCCUAAGCACGGUCAAGACGGAGGACGGGGAACUGUGUGAGCGUCAUGAAGAUCAGCUAAGGCACCGCCCGGAGGGGCAUGCACCAAUAGCCUCGGACGGCGAAGGCGCCGAAGAAGGGUCGGCACCAACAACCCUAAAUGGUACUUCCCAUCACAGGAAGACUGUAUCUUGCAAAACUGUUACGUCGCUGUCGAGAUACGACACGGAAGCCAGAUAA